GCCGUGAUGACGUUGCCGAGAAACCCAACGGCUCUAUCUGAUGACGUGUGGACGCGUCACAGUGUUUUGAGUUUGGUUUUCAGCGCGAGGACACACAGCUACGGUGACGACAGUUUAGACACCAAAACUACCCGUUAAGUUUUGGAAACAGAUCGUGGUUUGGAUUAAAACUCUCCCGAGGACCGAGCACGCGCGUCCUGGGGCGAAAUAUUAAAUUUAUACUUUUAUAUUAGCCGAGAUUUAGCGUAAUUUGGCCGUUUCAAGCCAUAACCGCGAGCCAAAGGAACCGAGUCUGCGCGAGCCCGGGAAAGAUUGCCUGAGUCCGGGCUCCAGACGGAGGGCAGCGCCGCCGCUGUCAGCUCCAUGGCAGCCCGGGAAGGGUUGCCUGAGUCCGGGCUCCAGACGGAGGGCAGCGCCGCCGCUGUCAGCUCCAUGGCAGCCCGGGAAAGGUUGCCUGAGUCCGGGCUCCAGACGGAGGGCAGCGCCGCUGUCAGCUCCAUGGUUCUGUUCGAGGAUGAGUCGGUGGAUGUUCGGUACGGAACCGGAGCCCAGCUCCAGCUGUCGCCGUGUGGCUGUGAAUUCACGCUGCUGAAACCCGCCGAGAGACUCCGACAUCCUCCGAGACCCGCCGAAAGACUCCGACAUCCUCCGAAACCAGCCGAGAGACUCCGACAGAGGACCAGGUUCACCGUCAGCUCUUACAAGGAAGUUCUGGUCUCUGCGUUGGCGUUCAGGAAUAAAUACGCUCGCCGCCCGUACCUACCGGAGGAACUCAUCCCCGCCCAACACACAAAGCCUUGUUUCAGCGUGGACUCAGACGUGCGGUGGCCUGAGUUGUCUGCCUGUGCAGCCGAACUCGGGCCUGGAGGCGAGACUAUAAUCAGGUCUGAGGGGGGGCGAGCAGCGCUGAUGCUGUCGCCAUCGGGGGAAGAAUUCUCCGUCGAGUUUACGUGCAGCCUCAGUCAGACGGCGAGCCGAUACACCGACGACGAGAACAGCCCCGCUCAGCCAAAGCCAGAGACAGUGUACCGAUCCACUUCGGUGGUCCAGCAUCACUCCGUCUGCUCUGUUCCCUCCGUCUGGUCCUACCCUCUCUGGCUGGCUCGCCAACUCCACGCGUCUCGUCUCUGGCUGGCUCGCCAACUCCACGCCUCUCGUCUCCCUGAGCCAGAAGAUGUCCCAGCAGACCGAGACGUAAACCUGCCGGACAUUUCCACCGUAGAGCAGAGCUCUCGCCUCCCGGAGGCGCUGCCUCUCACGUGUUCAUCCCCCCACUGGCACAGGUGGAAAGUUGAAGACGUCUUUUCAGAGCGAGAUCUUCCAACAGAGCUGGUGAAAGUGAUGUGGUGGCACGGAGUCACGUACAGGAUCCUGAACGGGACGGUCCCGGGCGUGGAGGUGUCCCCCGGAGAUGGAUCAGUCCUCCGCUCUAACGGCGUCCUGAAUACUUAUUUUACUCAUCACAGACCUGAUGUCCCAUCAGGACGGGUGAACGAGGUAACGUACCACCUGGACACCCUCCCCCCCGAGGUCCCGGGACAGCUGUUCUCCGUGGGGGCUGUGGUGAGGCGCGCCAGCAGGAUCCUGGCGUGCUUCAACGAGACCAGGCGAUCGCUGGCACUCCCCGCCACGCCCAGCUGUCUCGAGCUCAGAGAAGGGCGACAUAUGUCUGGACCAGCGAGGAAGGAAGAAGGUCUGUCCCGUCCUGUUCCUGUUGAGCAGAACGUUGUAGACGCGGUAGAGAGUCGGUCGGAUCUUGUAGCUGCAGAACUGGAGAAGAUAAAAAGAUUCAACUUUCUGCUGGAGAACCACCACCUGCUGAGGAACCAGACAGGAAGUGUGAGACAGGAAGCUGUCGCUGCAGACGAGGAGACCCCCGGAGCGGUGAGCGAGCGCUGCGUCGCCGAGGCUCUGCAGAGAACUUCCAGAACCAUCCGAGACAUCGACGCUCUCAUAUCUGACUGCAAAGAGCCCUGAGUGUGUGUGUGUGUGUGUGUGUGUGUGUGUGUGUG